AUGAUAAUUGAAAGUCAGUCUUUGAAGGAGUGGUCAUCUAGAUAUGAUGGAUUCAUUUCCAAAGAAGAUGAUAAUAAUAAUAUUUACCAACAACAUUUCUCAUUUCCAAUGUCCCCACCACUUGUAGUUAAUCCUUUACAAGAUUUCAGGAUUAGUAGUAGUGAUCAGUAUUCUACAUCGGUGGUGGCGGCAGAGGCGACGGUGUUUCAAGAUACUAGUAUGGAUAAUUUUCAAUUAACCCAUUAUCAUGAUCCAUUAGUACUUGAUCAUCAUUUUGGAUUACCUUCUCACCCUUUCAUUAACAAUAUUCAAGAAGAUGAUUUCUUGAUGGGUUACAACAUUAAUGGACUAGAAGGUUUUUGGAAUAAUCAUGAAUCCAUUAUUCAAUAUCAAAACACGGUUGAUUUCGGAUCGAUCUCUUCUGACCCGAUAUUGAACUCCCCACUACUCGAUCAUCAACUUCUAUUGUGUGAUAAUAUAUAUGAUCAAGAGGUUAUUAAUAACGACGACAACAACAAAUGUACUUCGACGAGGAAGACGAAUAAGAGGAAUAAGAAAAUAAGUAGCAAGAAGAUUGAUGAUCAUGAAAACACGAGUUCAUGUACUCUAAAGAGUGAACUAUCGAGAAAGAAAAUAUCGGAAUAUUUUUACAUGCCAAUUACACAAGCUUCGAAAGAGCUUAAUGUUGGUUUAACUCUUCUUAAGAAAAGGUGUAGAGAAUUGGGUAUUCGAAGAUGGCCUCAUAGGAAGUUGAUGAGUCUUCAAACCCUAAUCAAGAAUGUCCAGGAAAUGGGAAGAGGAGAGACUAGUACUGAUGAGAAGUUGAAAGAGGCAAUUGGGAUUCUUGAGCAAGAAAGAAAGUUGAUGGAAGAGGCACCAGAUUUGCAGCUUGAAGACAAGACAAAGAGAUUAAGGCAGGCUUGUUUUAAGGCUAAUUACAAGAAGAGGAAGAUCAUCACCAUGAGUACUAGCAGUUCUUCUAAUUCUCUAAUUCAAUCUCCUGGUAUUGCUUGUGAUGAUCAAAAGGAUGAAGAUGAUGAAGAAGAAGAUCGUGAUUAUGAAGAAUUCUAG